AUGGUGCGGGCGAGUCUUCUCGCCGUGCACGACGCCGUAGCCAGCGGGGGCCACCUCAGCCCCGUGGCCGUCGUGGUGCUCGCGGUGGCCGCGACGGUGGCCGUGGCGGCGAUCGCAGCGUUCGGGUGCGCGCAGGGCGCCAAGAAGAAGCCGCCCAGGCAGAACAACGUCGUCUACUACGGCCAGGGAUACCCGCCGCCCCCCGCGGGGGCGUACGGCUACCCGGCGCAGCAGCCGCCCCCCGGCUACGGCUACGCGUACCCGCAGCAGCAGCAGAGCGCCGGGAGGCCCGCCCGAAGCGGGCUCGGGUCCGGCGCGGCGGGGCUCGCCGUCGGCGCGGUCGGGGGGCUGGCCGCCGGCGCGGUCAUCGGCUCGGCGCUCAGCUCCGGUGGAGGCGGAAUGCGCUAA